CGUCAGCACACUUUUACGCUCUGUCACCUGCAGCUGUAAAACACACCUGUGCACGCGGGCUGGGUGCGGAAGCUCAAACUCCGCGCGACCAUGUGGGGGGUCAUCUCGUACCUGAACAGCCCCGAGCUGGUGGCCGGUUUCCAGCGGUGCUGCGGCCUGGUUUCGAGAGACACCCGCUCGCAUGUUAGUCAGAACGGACUCGUUCACGCCAAUGGAUCCGGUAAGGACGGUCCGGUCACGAUCCACCGGCGCGGAGCGGAGCAGGUGUCGAACGGGACGUCACGCGCACACGACAGUAACUCCAACUACAAACCCGCCAGUUCACGGUGUGAAACCAAAGGCGAAGAGCAUCCCAGGCCUCAUUAUGAGGUGAGGAACUGGCUCUUCUACUUCCUGUUUGUGACUUCGGCUACUCUGGGUCACGAGGUCUUUUACAUCACCUUCCUGCCCUGCAUCCACUGGAACCUCGACCCGUUUCUGUGCAGGCGGCUCGUCAACGUGUGGGCUGUGGUGAUGUAUAUUGGGCAAGUGAUGAAGGAUAUUUUAAAGCUGCCGCGUCCUCCGUCUCCCCCUGUGGUCAAACUGGAAACGCGUGUGGAUGCGGAGUACGGGAUGCCGUCCACACAUGCCAUGGCAGCGACGGCCAUCUCAUUUACACUGCUUCUCAGCGCUCAGGAGAGAGUGAAGUUCCCGUUUGAACUGGGAUUGAUUGUGGCCGUGGUUCUGUCUGCACUGGUGUGUCUGAGUCGUCUUUAUACCGGCAUGCACUCUGCUCUGGAUGUGAUCUGUGGCGUUGUAAUUUCAGCCGUCAUCAUGGUUGUGUCGUACCCGUACUGGGGAACCAUUGACUACCUUCAGCUGCACAACCCUCUCUCCCCCAUAGUGGGGGUGGUUCUGCCCCUCUUCCUGUCCUAUAAGUACCCCGAACUGGACCAUUACAGCACCACACGGGGGGACACCACCAUUAUUUUAGCAUGCUGUUCGGGAUGUUCGGUCGGAUACUGGGUGAAUGAGCGAUUGGGCUUGACCUUUGACCUUGCCGGGCCUUUUCCAGUGACCCUUCCACCGCUGACCCUCGCAGCCUUGGGUCUCUAUGUGGUGCGAUUCCUGGUCGGGUUAGGGAUGCUGGUUCUGACCCGGCAGACGGUGCGCUGGGUGAGUCUGCGGGUGAUCUGUCGAAUUUACGGAGCGUCUGUGAGUGACGUCGACGCACGCAGGAGGAAAGAGAUCGAGGUGCCGUAUAAGUUCAGCACAUAUGUUGCCAUCGGACUGGUCAACAGUAUCUUGGUGAACAGAGUGUUUGUGAUGAUGGGACUCUGGGAUUUGGGAAAAUCAGUGUAAUUUCUCAGUGUUUACAGGCAAGUUUGAACAGAAUCCCAAUCUAUAAUUCAUUCUCAGGGAGAAAUUCACGUUAGUCUUUGUUUAGGAAUGGCUGGCACAUUUUAAUUCUCACAUUGAACAGUAACGUUAGUUUGUUAAACCUCCUAGCUGCGUUUUGUUAGAUUUUGAAAACUGAAACCGUUUGUGUGGAUGCAGUUUCGCUUGAUUUUAAGUGAUUAUUCAUGGUUAAGCACAAGAUAAAGGGGAAGUGUAAUUUCUGUGCCACACGAGUCAUCAAAUUAAAUAUAAUACAAAUGACUAAUGAAUAAUUUCCUUAACGCUCAUCUGCUGUAGAGUGAAAUUAGCUAGCAUUUUUGUGCAAAGAUUUGUGUAUUUUUAUACUCUCGUGCACUUUUUUUUUUUUUUUUUUUGCACUUCCAGUUGCAUCGUACUGAAUUUAAUAUUUUUUUGUGAACAAGUUUUUGGUUUGAUGUCUGUGUUUACACAAGCUCAAGAUAUUCUCUUACACUUUUGCAAACUAUUCUAACUCAAACUUUCCAACUAAGGAUUGAAAGAGUUGUCAGAAGCUUAAUGGUACUGUGGACAAGUUUGUUUAUAGCUCACGUUUAGCUUUUUUACUUGUCAGUUGUAUUUACGCUUGUUCAUUUGAGGAGAUUAUCAUGUUGAACAAAAAGCGUAAGAAUCAUAAUCUUUUAUUGGUCCCAGAGCUUAUUUUCUGCAGUAAUCCAAAAGCCAAUGGAAAAAUCCUAACUUCCUGUUUUGGCCUACUAAAUUACAUCAUCUCUGCAGUACUCUGUUGCUCAGACAGUCCUGCCAUAAACAAUACUGGUUAAGUCAGUGCUUUGACCUUUAUGCUCUUUUGACAGUGUCUACAGCAAACUGUUGAUUUCUUUCAAUCAUAACCUACAUGUAAGUCUAUAGUGCAAAUAUGACUGUUGCCCCAUAGACUUCCAUUGUAAAAACAUUUUUAUCAGGAUAAACUGUUGGACAAGUUAAUAUUAUUGUUUUCUGUGGUAACUACUAACUUGAAUAUAUUGAUUGAUAUUUUCCUAAAGACAGCCUUGCCUUAAAAGUUGAAUUUUGCAGUCACUUUUACCGUUGUUGAGUGGAUUUCAACACUAAAAAUUUGAUUGUUUCAAUAAGAAUCCAUGUAAUCUGGAAUUUCUUGUGAGGGCAAGUUUUCCACACAGAUUUCGUGACGGGUUCAAGAUGGUUGCACAAAUUAUUAAUACGUAUAUCUAUGGUGCGAAUUUGCCAGGGUUGACCAACAUAUUUUGUAGAUUGAGUGGUACGACACUCAGGAGGUGUUUAUGAGCUUUUACCGAUGUCGUAAAAGAAAUGAAUAAACAGUAAAAAUGU